CAUACAAUACCGACUUCUCCGGUGGCCACCUCUGAGCGGGCCCGAGAACAGCCUCCACGCCAGUCCGCCAGGAAGGACGCCACGCGGGCACCGCCGGCACCGACGUGGACGGUCAGGAUUCCAGCGUCGGAUCACGAGUCAGCAGGAGGCUCUCUUUCGCCCGAAAAGGAAGCUCACGUUUUUCACGGGCAAUCCAUUUCGACUCGAAGAAAUUUUUCGACUUUUUUUUUUCCGGUGGUGGUUGUGGUGGUGGUGGUGGUGCGUCGCAGCUCCACAAGGAUGGCGGACUGCUGCUUGGGUCCCUCGCUCUGUAACAACAAGCUCCUCCAUUGGCCCACCACCCACUUCGCUCCUCCUCCUCCUCCUCCUUCGUCCUCGAGAUCUCUCUGGGUGUCCAUGGCAUCCCCACGCUCGCAGCAUUCCACUCCUGCCCCCGAGCCCCGCCCCACCCGGCCUUCCCUGCUCGUGUUCUCAGGUGGCACUGCGUUCAACGGCGUGGUCGAGGAGCUCAAGAGGCUGACGACUCGGGUCGCUCACGUUCUCCCUGUUUCCGACGAUGGGGGCAGUACGGCCGAGAUCGUUCGCGUUCUGGGUGGGCCGGCUGUGGGAGACAUAAGGUCAAGGUGUCUGAGAUUGUCAGAUCAGAGUACUUCGGAGGCACUUUCUGUCCGAAGAUUACUGGGUCAUCGGUUGCCACUUGAUCCAAAGCGAGCCAAGUCAGAAUGGUAUGAUGUUGUCGAAGGAGAUCAUUCUUUGUGGGAUGGUGUUUCAAGACCUUAUCGGGAAACGAUUAGAGCUUUUCUAGUUUACUUUCAGAAUGAGAUCCUUCGGCGUCCUAAUGAAUCAUUUUGUUUUAGCAAUGGCAGCAUUGGGAAUUUUUUCUUUGCAGGAGCUCGCAUAUUUUUUCAGUCUUUAGAUGCUGCAAUUUUCUUGUUUUCACGAGUCUCAGAGAUUCCAUCAGAAAGCUUAGUUCUUCCAGUGAUUUCUACCAAUGACAGGCUCACCCUGGGAUGUGAAUUAUUGGAUGGUACUGUCAUUCGCGGUCAGAAUGAAAUUUCUCAUCCAACCACAGGGACAAUGGAACCUGUCAAGAAGGAAUGCUCUUCGUCUCUUGCACUUCCUUCAAGAAUAAAACGAGUAUUUUACUUGUCAAGAGAAGGCACAAAUUCUUUGCAUGAGGUUUACCCCUCGGCAAAUCCAGCUGUUCUGGACCAGCUGAGAUCUGUUGAUUGCAUUGUUUAUGCCAUGGGAUCUCUUUUCACAUCAAUUUGUCCUUCACUGGUACUAUUAGGGAUUGGAGAGAUUAUUUCUUCCCGGACAUGUCCCAAGGUGCUACUAAUGAAUGGUUCCUAUGAUCGAGAGACAAGUGGCUUUUCUGCUUCAUGCUUUGUAACUGCCAUUACGGAUGCCCUAAAUCGGACUUACGGGAAUUCCAAUAAUUCUCUUGAAAAUCUUCCGAGUCAGUACAUUAAUACACUUUUCGUGCCAAAAGACGGUGCAAUUCCAGUGGACAUUGAAAACUUGGCUGCUCAUGGUAUUUUAAAAGUGGUAGUUGUUGAUUCCAUACAUGAUCCAAAGGUUGGUGUUGUCUAUGACCCGAAAUCAUUGAUUCAGGCUCUUGCCAAUUUGAUGGGUGGAUAAUGAGCAGGAUCGCGGCAAGGGGUUAGCUCAAGUUCAUCAUCUUUAUAGUGUUUACUCCUUUUCAUUGCCAAGUAUGAGACGGGUCCGCUUUAUGAGGCGGCUGCUUCCCUUGUUUGUUGGUUUGAACUCAGAUGUCAAUACUUGGAUGAUAAAGGGAAAUAUGUGACCAGAACAUCAGGUAGUCACAAUUUCAGAAAUAUCACCAGACGAGAUUGCAGACGGAGAUGAGAAUUUAUGUAUUCUUUUGCUUGUGCUGUAUUAUCUCGAAUAGUGGCUAAUUUGUUUUUCAUAGACAUUUAUCUUUUUGCUCUUCAGUGAAAAAAAAAAGAACAAGGGCUUCACCCA